AUGUACUGUGCUAUAUUGACGGUAAACUCAUUAGUUGUAUCAGCAGGGAUCAUUCGGAUUUUCGGACAAGACAUAGCAGAACUCCCUUUAGCUGCUACUCGUAUGGGUAAUCAACGGAAGGGAUAUUUCCAGAUCCUGUAUUCUUGCAUCGAGAAAUUGCUUGCAUUUUUAAAUGUGAAGACCUUUGUUCUACCAGCUGCUGAUGAGGCAAAGUCGAUAUGGACAGAUAAGUUUGGAUUUCAGAUAAUAUCACAAGAGCAGCUUGACAAUUACAGACAGACCUGUUCGCAAAUGAUAUCCUUCAAAGGGACAUCUAUGUUAGGUAAAGCAGUUCCAAAAUGUAGGAUUAUUUCUCAAGAGGAAACAGAACCUGAUGUCCCGUUGCAGUGA